AUGUUAGUCAAUUCAGGAAAUUUGAUUGUUAACAUAAAGAAUGAUAUCAUGUAGAGAUAUCAGAGGAUAAAACUAAUAGGUUAAGGGAGCUAUGGAAAAGUAUACAAAGUAAAGAACUAAGCAAAUGAAUUGAGAGCCUUGAAAAUAAUAGCUAAAAAAGAUUUCACAGAUCAGAAUGAGAUUGAGAACAUGAAAAAAUUGGACCAUCCCAAUAUCAUGGCCAUUUAUGAGAUAGCUCAAGAUGACAACUAUUAUUACAUAGUCAGUCAAUUGUGUGAAGGGACUGAGUUAUUUGAUGAAAUCCACAGAAGAAUAAAGAAAAAUCAAAUCUUCACAGAGGAUGAAGUGAGAUACAUUUUCAAAUAGAUUUUGAGUGCUAUAGCCUAUGCUCAUGAUAAAAAUAUUAUGCACCGUGAUAUCAAACCUGAAAACAUCCUCAUUGAUCCUAAGGAUCAACACAUAAAAAUAAUUGAUUGGGGAUUGAGCAAAGACAUGACUGAUCUUGUUUCAAUCAAAUAGAAGAUAGGAACCAUUGAUUACGCAGCACCUGAGGUUCUCUUAGAAAAAGGGUAUGAUAAGAAAUGUGAUUUAUGGUCUUGCGGUGUGAUCCUAUACAUUCUACUCUCUGGUGAAACUCCCUUUCCAGGGAACAAUACAGGUGAAAUUGAAAAGAAAAUCACUAAAUCUAAAAUUAAUUUGAAUUUGAAAGUGUGGAAGUCAGUCUCAAAUGAUGCCAAGAAUUUAUUAAAAAAUUUGUUACAAUCUGAUCCUGUUAAGAGAUUCAGUGCCUAAUAGGCCUUAGAAAGUGAAUGGAUUCAAAAAUAGACUCAAUCAGUAACCAAGGAAAUAUCAUCUCAGGAGAUGCAAUUUAGACUCCAGAAACUAUCUAGAUUUUGUUGUGAAAGCAAAAUGGUUUAAGCCACUUUCCAUCUUAUGAUAUAAUAGAAUUUAACACAAGAGAAGUAUAAGCAGUUGAGACAAACCUUUUAGAAACUAGAUAAGAAUGGCGAUGGGAAACUAAGUAUGGAAGAAUUGAGAGCGUAUUGUAAUGAUGAUAUUGAUGUGGAGGACUUAUUCAAUAGGGUUGAUACUGAUAAAAAUGGGUUUAUUGAAUUUACAGAAUUCUUGACAGCUGCAGUGGACAUGAAGAAACUUGCUUCUCAUGAUCAACUCAAAGAAGCAUUCCAUUUGCUGGAUCAAAAUGGAGAUGGCUUUUUGGAAAUUGAUGAAAUUAAAAAAAUCUUCAAUGGCAAAAUCUAAGUUCAAGAUGAAAAUCAAUGGGAUCAAUUACUCUAAGAAAUUGAUAAGAAUAGAGAUGGCAAAAUCUCAUUGGAAGAGUAUUAAGAAGCUAUUUCUAAGUUUAUUGACCAUAAUCAACCUUCCUCCAAUUUUGCAAGUCAAAAUCCAAAUCCUGAAACAGAACCAAGUAUCAAAAAAAAAGUCAAGUUAACUGAAUCCACUUAUAAGUUAAGGAAUAGAUAAAUUAAUUGA